GGUUGAAUGUAAUCUGACAAGAGCGUGGGUUGAUGGAUGUCGCAGCGGAGUAUGCUGAGAUAUGGCAGUUUGCGAGCCAGUUGGAAGGGCAUCUGACGGAGGUGGAGGACUGGGAUCUAGGAGCAGGCAUAUACAUCGAGUUCUUGACGCUGAAAUCCAGCUUCAAAGACACGUCGAAUGUAGUGGAGGGGCUGGAGAGUUUGGAAGAGAGGAGCUCAGCUUGUGGGGCGUUCUUCGAGCGGCUGAAGGAGUCGCAAGCAAUGUGGAAGUCGAAGAGUUCGAUCGAGGCCAGGGCGGCUUAUUCAAAGAUGGCGGACGAGAUUUCGUUGUUGUUGUUGGAGGAAACAAAAGCACAGGCGUUGGACGUGAGCGCGGAGAUGAAGAUGUUUGACAUUGUUCUGGAUGCUCCCAUGCCCGAGGACGUGCGCAUGUGUCGUCUGCAAGGAGCUGUGGCAGCGUUCGCGAAAUUGGUUUCCGAGGAAAUUCUGGUGUGAGGCCCCACGAUGUGGAUGAGUGCGUGUCGCUGUUCGGGUAGGGGAGUUGUGAGGGCCCUGUGCAACGAGGGCAUCGCAUCUCGGCACGGUGUACAUCAAUUAGUUGAGUUACCCUUGAGUGCGUGGCGCGGUAGGAGAUGCAAGGAGUGCGCAUCGGUGAAUCGUGCAUGGUAUGGAGGAUUUUUGAGUACCAGCACGGUGAGCUGAGAGGUUAGCUGGAGGGAAAUGUGAGAAUGUAGUUGUAGGAAUAUUGUAGCAGGAAGGUUUGCAGGUAGCGGUGAUGUAGUAGAAAGUUUUCGAGAGCUUUCACAGCGAGUAUGUUGGGUGAGGCAGGUGUCCUCUAAUAUGGAGUUAUGGAGAGAGGGGAACAGAAGGGGAGGUGUUGAAUGGAGUGUUUUUUAGUUGGUUUGAGAGGUGCGUGGGGGAACCACCGGCUCUGUGGAGGUAGAUUAAUUCCAAAAGCCUACUCAGAGGGCAGCCUUGAAACCA